AGCGGACUAGGAGCCUGGCGAAGCUGAGCCGGGGAUGGGGAUGUGGCCGGUCGGCAAUGGGGCCCGCGUGGAGGCCCCCAGCAGGUCUGGAUCUUCCUGGACCAGGAGAUUUAUGGCAUGAAGCACCCAAGCCGAUACGGACAGGGUGAUUUGUUUUUUGGCUUGUGAGACAGUAACUUAACCAAAAAAUGAUUGGAAAACUCAAGCAAAAUUUGUUGCUGGCAUGUUUGGUCAUCAGCUCAGUGACUGUCUUCUAUUUGGGGCAACAUGCGAUGGAAUGCCAUCAUCGUAUCGAGGAACGAAGCCAGCCGGCUCAGCUGGAGCAUUUGAGGGCCACGUCCCAAUCUGGCCUUACUUCGAAAGAAAACGCUACCUUUGCUUAUCACAAAGACAUGCCUUUAAUAUUUAUUGGUGGGGUGCCCCGAAGCGGCACCACCUUGAUGCGGGCGAUGCUGGACGCCCAUCCGGACAUCCGCUGUGGAGAAGAAACCAGGGUGAUCCCUCGGAUCCUGGCAGUCAAACAGAUGUGGGCUCGGUCGAGCAAGGAGAAGAUCCGGCUUGAUGAAGCAGGUGUCACGGAUGAGGUUUUAGACUCGGCCAUGCAGGCCUUCUUGCUGGAAAUUAUUGUAAAGCACGGGGAGCCGGCUCCUUACCUGUGUAACAAAGAUCCUUUUGCUCUCAAGUCCUUAACUUAUCUCGCUCGAAUUUUCCCCAAUGCCAAAUUCAUUUUGAUGAUACGAGACGGCCGAGCUUCCGUCCACUCCAUGAUCUCUAGGAAGGUCACCAUUGCUGGGUUUGACCUCAACAGUUACAGAGACUGCUUGACUAAGUGGAAUCGGGCUAUCGAGACCAUGUACAACCAGUGUGUGGAGGCUGGAUUGGACCGCUGCAUGAUGGUUUAUUAUGAACAGCUUGUCUUGCACCCAGAGCGGUGGAUGAGAACUCUGUUGAAGUUCCUCCACAUCCCAUGGAAUUCAGCUGUUUUGCAUCAUGAAGAGAUGAUCGGGAAAGCUGGUGGUGUGUCUCUUUCCAAAGUUGAAAGAUCCACAGACCAAGUCAUCAAGCCGGUCAACGUGGAAGCCUUGUCGAAGUGGGUGGGGAAGAUCCCAUCUGAUGUUCUUCAGGACAUGCCUGUCAUUGCACCAAUGCUAGGAAAACUCGGCUACGAUCCCUAUGCCAACCCACCCAAUUAUGGGAAACCAGAUCAGAAAGUUCUUGAAAACACCAGAAGGGUUUAUAAAGGAGAAUUCCAACUUCCUGACUUCCUUAAAGAAAUGCCACAGCCCAAGAGGAGAGUAGAAAGGAGGUCCCGUGUCAAGAUAAAAUGGAGGAGCUCCUCAAAGUGAUGCUGUGAAAUAGAAGAGAUGGUGAGAAUUUACAUACACAUAUGGAUUCUUGGCUGCUUUAUUGAAGCAAAGAGCUGUAGUGAGAUCUGUGAAGAACAUGGUGGGCUUCUUGCAUCACCCGGAAUACUUUCCUGUUCCAUACUGUGGUCUUCUUUAAAAAAAAAAAACUUUUUGUUGAGCACUUGUAAAUCCCUGCUGCUCAGUCCUUGCACCACUUCCUCCAGAGAAGCCACAUUGAUCCCUGGAGAUAUUUUGACUGAUUGCUUCCAGGACCCAGGAAGGAACAACGAUCCAGUAACAAAUUCCUCCUGAACAAACCCCAUCGAAGCAAGCAAGGGAACCUGAUGUGGCACAGCUCCUAUGCUUCUCGCCCAGGAGAUGUUGCUGGAGGAUUAUGCUCAAAGUACAUUUCUUCAUAACCUGAAGUUGGAAAUCCAGCACAGUUUUCCCCCUCAAACUCACCACUGUUUUUUUUUUUAAACAACAGAACAGAUAAUAUUCUGGCUGUGCUAGGGAUAACUGUUCUGCCCCUCUUUCCUGUUGUUAAAUUUUCAACACUGAUUUGAGAUUUCAAAUGUACAAAUUUUCACAAAGGUUUAUCUGCUCCUGCUGCAAGAUAUUUGACCCUUACCCACAGAUCCGAACAUGUAGUUACAUUGCUUGCGUGUGAGGUUAUCUGGGUGCACCCUUGCCAAGCCCAUGCUUAGCAGUUAUCACCAGAUGAAGGAAGAAGGGAAGCCUGGUCUGUUUUUUAAUGGAUGUUUUGCUUCUCCUUGGCUUCUUUAUGGCAGCGUUGUUUUGAGAAGCAUUCGUCCUCUAUUCAUCCUACUAUUGUGCUUUCCACCACUUUGAUUUGGUAUGAUCUUUUGGGAGAGAGAGCUUGUGGAAAGGAAGAUGAAAGCUUGUCCAGGUUACGGGUACCAUUUUCCUCAUCUUGGUCUCUGUCAUCGCUAUUUCCCUGCCACACUAGAGGGCCUUUUUUAAAAAAAAUUGAAAAUUAAUUAGAUUACUACAGCACUGUAACCAUCUAUUACAUCAAUGUACUAGUUUCAAUCUUCCUCUUUUGUUAAAAAAAGCAAGUCCCUAGCCCCUUUCAUUCCGGAGGCAUAAGGGGAAAGGUACAAGUGAAACAUUUUACGUUAUAUCUCCGCAAUUGAAUGUGCUAGGGACUUAAAAAAAGAAGAAGUUGGGAACUAGUACACUGCUAUAACAUUCUAAUGAUCUAUUGCAACAAUCCAGCUAUUUCCAAUUUUUUUAAAAGGCCAAAAAAGCCCUCUGCUGCCAGAGAGGAAAAUAGCAGCCGUAGAAGGCUUAGGCAAGGAAAGUGUGGGGAAAACCUCCAUGUGGAUGCUCCAUUGCCACUGCCAGUGCAGCAGCAUCAAGAGCUGUGCAGAGAAUCCUCGCCAGGUGGAAGCAGCCGUGGAUUCCACCAGUAGUAGAUAUUAGCAGCAGUGAUUGUGCAUUGGACAAGUGAGGGGAUGCAGGUAUGGACUGGAUCCAGCAAAGACCUGUAGUGGUAUAGCACUGAGUGCUUGGGUCUUGCAUUUUGCAGCAUCUUUUCUCAUUCAUGGCUCAUUCAGCAGAUUAACAUGUUUAUUGUUUUUCCUAACUGGAGUGAUUUUUUGAAAAUGUUACGGAGCAGGAUAUUUGUGCCUGUUCUCCUCCCCCGCCUUUUAUUGAUGUGUGAAAAUGUCCUGGCUCUUAAUUAUUUAAAGAUAAAAGAGGAAUGAUUUUUGAGAUGAUGAGAAAUGACUUGUUAUGUUUACAAUCUGACAACCUUUUGUAUUUUAUUUUUCAAAAUAAAGGCUUUAAAUGUGAA